AUGCACGCAAGACGAAAACGACCCCGAGCACCAUGCAACCCCAAAGCUCUGGAGCUGGCGGAGAAAGCCAACGACAAUAACCAAGCCACUCACGAAUGCCCAUCCUUGCUCCAUCGAAUCACGGCAUCACAUCCUUCGCAACGACCGCGCGACGUUGUCCAUCACCCUUCGACCGCCACCAUGGAGAUGUCCCCAGCAACUGCCUCCAUGCAGGCUACGCAAAGCAGCGUUUCUGAUACGCCCGACAAAUUACUCGCGUACUGCUUGCAUGUAAUUGCCGCCAAGGAACGCGUGGUCCCCAGCCAUAUCCGACUCAAAGACAUUCGGACGGUGGCUGACGCCGUGUUCGCCCCCACGCGAAAGCCCCUCGAAAUCCACUACCUCGACUACAACCCAUCGCCCCCUUGUCACUUUACCAACGUGUACUGGCUCAGUCCAGUCCCCGUCUCCAAAUUGGACCUCAAACGUCACUACUUUACGCUGACGUCGUAUGGGUUGACGCAUGUUGCGGGGGCGGACACUGAAGUGUAUGACGUGGCAACGUGGCUGACGGAGAAGGCAAUUUUCGACCAAAUUGUGCAAAUGCCGUGCAUCCAACUCAUGCGUAAAAUGACCACGUUCCACACGUGGAAACAAAACUCGAUCGGCAUUCGCUUUGGCCGGGCUCGGAAACAUCUGACCCAAAAGUUGAUUUGGUGCCAUGCGGGGGUCGUGCCUUAUGCGCUUCAGAUCCGGCACAUGACGCUGCAAAUCACACAGCUGGCCACGAGCUCGAUUGUGCAGAAAGCCGCGCCCGUGGCAUUCGAAGAGACCCGCCAGUUGGAUUAUACAUGUCAAGUCACCGACGUCCUCGCCGCCGUGGACAAGGUCGAAGCGUUCAUCUACGAAGCCCUCGCACCCCUGCUCCAGGACCACGCUCGGUAUGGAUCGUUCGCGGCGAGCUCAGAUGUCAUCCCCAUCUUCGUCCGCGUGGUGGACUACAUGGUGGUCGAAGCCUUGUUUGACGCCGUCACGACGUCGAUGGACCAGCUGGUGCAAGCCAUCACGGGCGUCACGUCGAAUUCAACUGAAUAUGAUGUCGUUGCAAGGACCGCGGCGGACGAGGCUCUGGACAUGUCCUCCCAAGUCGACUCGCUGUUAGCUAGACCAUUUGAACACACAGGUGACGAGUCAACUACUUCAUCUGCAAGCCCAUUGCAGCCUCAAAUCUACGAUUUUAUGGACCCUAACCACAGGACAGGGACUGUCGCGUACAAGCGUCUGUUUCAACUGCAAAGUGCCUCGCGGGCGCCAGACCCGUUGUUCUUUGUGCACAUUACCAUCCACGACACCACGCACUGCGCGAUAGCGUCCCCGUCCAAGGAGGCCUGGCUUGGAAAGCUCCACGCGAGUCUGUCGCAGUACGUCGCCGCUGUCGACAGCAUCGGGCGAGUGGGGGCCAUCCCCCGGGUCCGGCAGUUCGUGCACGACCACUGCCGGCCGUACUUUCGGCACUACUUUGCCAACAACCUGCACCGGUUCUCGGCCAUGGUGCACAACCACGCACACGUGGCCAAUGUCAUGACGGCACUGCGGACUGCGAUGGACAUUUACUUUGCAGAGAUCGAGCACUUGGCGUCGACGUGUCUGCCACUGAAGGCCGAAUUCCGCCAGUUGCAGUCUAUCGCAGUUCCAAUGGCCUCUACAACAACCCCAUCGCCGAACGUGGACGCUGUCGCACACGUCGCCGAAGUGUGCCGCGUCAUGCAAUCGUACGUUGCGUUUCGACGAGAACUUAGGGUCGUGGACAGUGUUCUGCAAGUGGGCUGCUUUCUUGUGGACCGGAGCAACUUUGUCGGCAACAUGUUGCACGAGUGCAACGCGACGUUGUUGACCAUGUACGAGGCGCUGCCUCAUUUGUGCAAACGAUUCAUGGCGGCCGUGUCGAACGAACUCGCUCACAAAGCAUCCACGUUGGCGUCGAUUCCAGAAUCCGUCGACGAGUGCACGGCAUGGCUCGAGUGUUUCGGUAGUCUGCUGCGGAAGCGGUCGUCCAAUACCCACAUUGAGCCGCAGUUGAACACGCUUGGAUGCCUUGUGGACUCGUGCCAAGAAAACUGCGAUUUGAUUCCCCACGAGUUGCGUGUAUCUCUAGUACACUCGUUUGAAAGCAGCAAUCACACGUAUCGAUUCAAAAUGAAAGCCCUCGUCGAGACAUCGAGUCGCAUUGUUGACGCCAACCAGCCGUUUUACGUCGACUUGUUUAGCCGAACCAUGUCGACCCGCCGCGACAUCCUCGCGCUCGAAUUCGACACGGUGGCUACCAAACUAGAUCACGCCUUGACCACGUUUUGCAUGUUUGAUGCGUUUCCUCACAGCGGGGGGUUCGGGGGGGCGGACGUCCAAGCGCUGCUGCAAGUGGUGCGCCACCUCGUGAACCAAAGUGCCCGUUUGCUCACGCUGGAAGCACACUUGGAGGCGUUUCGAGGGUCGUCUAAUUCCUAUAGGCUACAGCGCCGCCGCCACUCGUUCCGCCAAAUGUCCAUUGAUCACGUGUACAAGCAGCAUGACCGCCUCGAUGCUGUUGUAGUCCUCUUGGGCCUCGUGCAAUCCUACGUUGAGCUUCGCGCCCCCACCAACGACGUUCCCCUUGUAGGUAUCGACCUCCCGGCGCUACUGGCCAAGAUCGCCACGCUCAAACGGCAAUCACAGCCGUAUUGCGCCAUGCUGGGGGGGGUGGCCCACCCUCUGGUUGCGCAGUUUUACCCGAGCAUACAAAGCCUACACGAUGCCGUGGAAAUCGCCGUCACAAUGAGCCAUGUCCAAUUCACAGCCUCUAGAUGGUGUCGACUGGCCACCUUUUUCGAGCACGCGGGGGCUGCCACGUGUACCCUCCGACACAUUGAGCACGCGCUCAAGUCCCCCGACGCCGCGUUGAUCCUCACCGAGCUGACCGACGCGGUGCGCGUUGAGGCGCGCAUCAAGGACACCAUCGGGAGGGUGAAAGCCAUCGUGGCGGACCUGACGUUUGAGUUUAAGCCGGACGCCCGCCACGACUUGCACGUGACCAAUUGCUUGACGCUGACCUCGUCGCUCGAGGACGCCCACUUGAGCUUGAUGUCCAUUCGGCACCAUCAAAAUCCGUGGCUUCGAGACGUCGAGCGGCUCGAGAUUCGAAUUCUGGAUGCCAUCGCGCUCUUGGAGAAAGUUCAUGACAUGGAGCAGCACUGGUCGAAGGUGUCGAGCGCUGUGGCAGUACCGGAAGUGCUAGCGCACCUGAACGACGCUUCGCUCCAGACGGCCGUGGAGGCGAUGGGCACGACGUGGCGGGACUGCCUGCUGGCCGUGUACCGUUGGGACGACCAUGGGAAGAAGACGAAUGUCAUGAUCAAGCUGGAAACGGUGUUCAACGAGGUCGACUUUCCCCAAUGGCUCGGCUUGUGUGAACGCAUCCGAGCGUCCAUGGAAUCGUAUAUGGAAGCGUUGCGGGCGUCCUUUGCGAGGCUGCACUUACUAUCCAACGACGACCUGCUCACGUUGUUGCAGACCCCCACUCCAGUAGACCUCGCUGUCCAGUGGUGCUACCCUGGCGUGCAAACUGUGCAUGUUGCCAACACAACGCAACUCCAAUCUAGUGCUCACAUUGCAGGGCUGAUGGAUGCCGACUUUAUGUCGUGGCUGCUGGGCGACCACGCCAUCUCAUACUUGCACGCUGUGUCGUUUCAUUGCCACACCGACAUGACCCAGUCGUGGGUGUUGAACUUGUACCGCCCGGUCAAGAUCCUCGGGUCACUGUCGUUUUGGCUCGGACAGUUAGACAUCAUCUUAACACAUUCGCUAGCAUCGAACGUCAUGCGCGCCAAGGCCACAACAUACGAUCCAGUAUCAUCGAUGGUGUCGGACCAAGAAGCGUUGCCGCCGCAGCUGGCCUUGAGUUUGCUGCACGUGCAAUUCUGCACUUUUGUGGGGCGCGUCAUAGAGCCGAGUCCGAAGCGGUUGAGUUCCGCACGAACGGUGCUGGCAACGACUGCAACGGCUCAUCGGACGUCCCUGACAAAGUUGAUUGGGGCGAUGCGAUCGGCCAACGAAUGCAACGUCGCGGUGGAAGACGCGAUUGUGCUGAUGGCGUACGAGGACGGCGUCGUGCGGCGGCUGACAACCCUCGCCGGGACGCACGACUGGGCUCAUGUCGUGCACGAGUGGGAGGUGUCCUUUCAAUUGGCGGAAGUUCCAUCAUCGGCCGACUCUACGUGUACGUCGUCGGUUCUGCAAGCGCAAAUGGGGCACGUAGUCGUGCCGUGCGGACUGGACAUCCAGCCCAAGACCCCGUGGAUUGUCAUUUUGCCCGAAACCGAGCGCUGCAUGUUUGCCCUCUUCCACGCCAUGCGAUUAAGCGUGUGCCCGAUGCUGUUUGGAGCUGCCAGCACGGGAAAGCGGACGUUGAUUCAGGGCGUGGGCUAUUUGCUCAUGCGAUGCCAGUGGCACGUACAUUGCGAUGCAUCGACUCCGCUCCGUCAGUUGACGGGGUUCGUCGCUGGUAUGUCGGCCGUGCACGGCUGGGGUUUUCUCGACAACGUCUUCCAACUGCCUGUGACAUUGCUGGGUGUGCUAAUGGCGGAAAUGAACAAGCUGCAACACUCGCACGUGCUGCAAGUUGCAUCGUCGGGCGCGAUGACGUGCGCCAUUAUCAUGUCGUAUAAAGGCAGUACCCUGACCGAUUCCGCGGCCGUGAAGUGGCUCGGGGCACCGCUGCGGCCAGUUGCUGUGCCGCCGCCGAACCUGGCGCUGGCAUUUCACGUGCUCUUGGCGUCCAAGGGCUUUUCGAACGAGGUCGCCAUUCGGAACGCUUACAGCAUCCUCGCGACGUUGUUUGCAUCGUCCCCCCAGGGAAACAACAACACGUCGGUGUUAUUUUUGUCGCUUCGCUUCCUUCGACGUGUGGCGUCCAUGGCGGGUGCCAUCACCAAACAAGUCGCUUAUGUCAUUCACAGCCAGAGCAGUAGCAAGGGCAGCCAUGUGCGACACGACGCAUCACCUCUUAACACGGCCAGGUACCAGGACAGCAACGUGUUUCGGUUUGCGCUGCUGCUGGUGCUGGAACCACUUGGCCUUUUUCCCCGCGGCCACGUGGAGACGGUGGUCGACCAGUUCGCGCCGUCCACGAUGGUCCUGACGCAGGAAAACCGCAUGGUGGCAUCAGCAUUCAAGGUCGUGCUGGAACGAUCGCACUUUGUACCGAUCCCGUCGCUCGUUCAAAAAGGCGUCGAGCUGCACCAAGCCCUGGAGUCGGGGGGGACUCCAGCCAUCGUCGUGGGCAGCACCGCGACGGGCAAAUCGACAUGUCUCAAGGCGGCACUUCGCAGCAUGCAACUGCUCGAGUCGUUGCUUGGAACGACGAGCAAUCAUAAUAUUAGCGAGUCAGCGACCAUGCAUUUGACGGUGGUCCCGCUUGACGAACUCACGACCCCCAGCACGGCCCUGUCAAUCUUGUCGGACGUGGUUCACGCCAAGCGCGAUGUCAAGUUCAACUGCGUGUGCUUUGAUGGCAUGCUGCCGACGUCCGGCGUCGUGUUUGACUACAUGUCGUCCAUAUUGGACAGCAACCGUGCUGCUGCCACGCGGCGCCUUCCCCACGGACGGCAGGAUGGGAUGAACAAAGGCAAUCCCAUGGUGGUCCUGGAAGUGGUGUCGCUUGCGUCAAUGUCGCCGGCCAUGCUGACAGACUGCACUGUCGUUUGCAUGGACACUGUCGUCAUAACGUGGCAGCAUCUGCUGGAGAAGUGGGUCCACCAACAACCAUCCAAGGACCACCCCGCGUUUGCCUUGAUUCCGUGCAUGCAGGACAACGUCCACCGCUUCGUCAUCGAGUUUGCCCUUCCGUUCCAAGCGACUAUGUCCAAAUACCCCAUGACGCUGCUCAUGGCCAACAUUCUGCACCUCGUCGCCGCCAUCUACGACGCGAUGCUGCCGUCCGUGACGGAACUGUUCCUGGAGCAGUGUACGUUUCUGGCCGUGAUGUGGGGCCUCGGUUCCUACCUCUCGACGGCCCAUCGAGGGCGCCUCCAAGCGUUUGUCCAAGAAUUAGUCAACGAACAGCGACAGACCACGCCGUGGCCCAGUGUGGACGCGCUGUUUCUGUUCUGCCUCGAGCACAACUGCUCGUUCUUUGACAUGACUGUCGACUUGGACGAGAAUCGGAUUGCUCGGGUGUCGUCCCCCCUCGCUUCCCCCCACUGGGGGCCUGGACCCCCCCAGUCGACAAUGAACUACGUGCCAACUCCCCCCCUGCAGUUUGCCUCGGGACUGUUCUCGAUGCUGCAGUCCAGAGGGGUGUCCAUGGUCGUGACCGGACCGCGGGGCAGCGGCAAGUCCACCGCCCUCCACCAUUUGGCCAGUCUCGUGGCCGAGCCGCGGGUUUUCCUCCACUCGCCGUCGCAGUCGCAGCACGCGUUGCUGAAGCGAUGGAUGCUGACCGCCAAUGCUGGAGCGGCGUUUGUGGACAACGUCGGGCUGGACGACCCUCGCGUGUUUCGGCUGUGCCGCAACGCCGUGGGUAGCCAGCGACUGUUUGAUUCGAACCGAGGCUCGUGGGUUCACGUCAAAGCGACCGUCUGCGGUAGUGUCGGUGACGCCCAACUCGACCAGUUGUCGGACCACGAGCGCCUGCGGUUUCUGCGGCACUUUUAUGUGGUCCGGCUCACCGAGCCGUCGCCCGACGAGUUGGUGUCGAUGUUCGCUCACUCUAGCCAACGCACCCUGGGUCGAUCUCUCCAUCCCGAUGAACUGGGAAUUGUCCAGCGCACGAUCUCAACGCUGCAGCGUGUGCGACAACACCUGCCUCUCCGACCGCAGUAUCACUUUGGAGAGUGUUUGAUCCAGCAUAUUCUCCAGGCAACCCUGAUACCAUCGAGACAACCGGAAGAUCUGACGUGGACGUGGCUCCUCAAUGUGAAGGCAUACGUGUGGGAUGCGCUGGCGACGGAUGCACACCGCCAAAUCGUCCAGAACGCCCUCCGGACCGUCGGAGGAUCGGGGGACGACUCGCGGGCGGCGGCGGUCGACUUUGAUGACAUGGUGUGGAGCUCGCCAUGGGUUGCAUCAGUCAUCUCCAGGCCCCCCGCCGCGAAGUCCCAUGACAACAUGCAUGUGUCCGUGCGGGCGUUCAUGGAAGCCGAGUACCUUCGGCAGUCGUGUGUCUACGGUAAGGUCGACCUGGGUUGGCUUCGAGCGAUGAAUGCUGCCUCGAUUGUCCACUGGAUCCAACUCAACGACGCGUUUCACUCCCACAAGCAAGUGGUCGUCGUGGGGCACGACCGACACUGCCAUGACAACACGACGAAACUCAUCGCCCAUUUGGCUCAUGUCAAGUACGUGACCUGCGACGACGUCACGUCCCAAGCGGGACUGGUCAAAUUAUUGGACACUCUGUGCCACGUGACGGUGAUGGCAGACGAAAAGGUGAUUUUUUGCCUCCAUGACGACGCAUUCACCAAGUGGCCAGACCUGUGGUCGUUUGCCCUGGAUUUAUUUCGAGGUCAUAUCACGACCGUCGCCCAAACGUUCGUGGCUCACCACCCCUCGUUUGUCCCCUCCUCCGAGGACUCCUCAGGUCAUCAUCUCGUCCAGGACUUUAUGCAGCGCAUGCGAGCGAAUCUGUGCUGCUUGGUGCAUUUCCAAGCCGACCAAACCUCCUCCCCCCACCACCAUCACCACCUCGACGCGUUGCUGACUCAUCGCAAUAUCCCCACGACCGUCAUCUCGUUACCACCACCGUCGACGCCAUCGUCCUCCCAAGACCAUGCCGACUCGACACAAGGGUUUAUACGCCAUGUUGUUGACCAACACAAGCAACUCGCCCUCUCCGAUUCCGACUGCGCGACACUAGCUCACGCGUGCGCAGACAUCCACGCCACCGUAUGCGCUGCCCACUUCUUUACAUCCUCCUCGACGACGUCCUGUCCAGGGAUUGUCAACCUCUUGCAAACGUUCAGUCAUCUUUUGGAUCUUCGGGCGGGUGCGACCUUCGGGAAUUCCGAGAAUGGCGGCGUGAGGGAGGCAGUGGCGGUACUCGAGGACGUGCGGCGGUCGUUUCGGCAAGCACAAGCGGACAGCGCGCACUGGGACGCCGCACACGAAUCGUGUCGGGCGCGCCAAGCGGCGUGGAAAAAGCUGUCCUUUGCAGUGGAAUCCAAGGCCAGUACCAACACCACAAUGAUACAAGACGUGGAACAUCGAGCGUUGCCACUGCUCCAGCACCAACUUGACGAUGUGCUGGCUGCGUUGGAGGGCGCCGAGCGGCAACGUCGUAUCGAUCGAAAGGCCCUGGAGCAUGCGGUGAUGGGCUCCAUGACCGCAGCGGAAAAGCAGUCUUUGCUGGACAAGUCAUUUCAGCCGUUGGUGCGGAUGACCACGGCACUAUGUGUGGCAUUUGAAACCCCGGGAAUCACCGCCGAAGCUGCGUGCAAGCUCAUGGAAGAUCCAGCGUUCGAAACCAAGUUAAUUGCCUUAGACAUUCCAGGCCACGUGGUGGCGACGGGGGAGCUCCAGCAUGCGAUGGCGUUUGCCCUCACGGACGUGGCGGUGAUGCACACCAAGCAGCCCAUGUUUGCUGCCGUUGUCCGGUGGCUCCACUUCAAGCUAACGAACGCCAUUGCACUGGACGCGAUCGCAGGGCUGCGUGUAAAACAUGCGCAGAUCACAGGGGAGAUGGACACUCUGAAUGAGAUGCUGGCGCAGCUGCGCAUGGACGCGGCAGACCUGGCGACGCACAAGGACACCCUUCGCAUUUUGCGGGAAGAGCUGAGUAUGGAAGCGACGGAAGCCAAAUUGAACUCCAACGUUGCCAAGCGCGACACUGCCCGCCUGAGUCCGCUGCAGUCGUUCAUCGACUUUUACCUCACGUGGCUGCGAGCCAAGUACUGGGUACACGCCCCCACGAGUUUGACCAGCCUCUUGUACCUGGCUGGCGUUGUUACCUAUGCCGGGACGAUACCGCCAAUGGCACACCAGGAGUUGACGGCCGUCUUGGCGGCCACGCUGACACGUCACGGGUUUGUGUUGCCGCUGGACGUGGCCUGGAUCUCCGACACCACCGCGUCGCUUGUGUCCACUCUGGAAGCGGACGUUUGUUUUGCGAAUCAUCGUGGGGAGGACAAGUCGAUUCUGCGGGAUCUCGUUUUGCUUGCGGAUUGGUCCCACCAGACGCCUCUCUUCGUCGAUCCGCUUGGCGUGGUCGAACCUGCAUUAGUGGAGUUCCUUAACCGACUCAAAGUGCCAUUGCCCGACGCCCGCCACAUCGUCGUGUCGUGCUUGGACCCUAAUAUGCUGGAUAAACUGCAAAGUGCCCUUCUCACCAACAAGCUGGUGAUAGUGCGCCAUUUUUCGAUGGCCAAAUUCGACCUCCUUCGCCCGUUCUUGCAUCGCCCUCGUGUCCCCCUGAUGCACCAAUUGCUUGUGAAGCACUCCAAGCGACCUGCAAUACUGCCUCGGCACCACAGCACCGUCACGUCCUUGGCACCCCUGGCGUCGGACAGCAAUUUCCUUCCUCCAAAGACAACAAACUCCAAAGGGACCUUCCAGCUCUACCUCAUCUCAGACGAAGCGAUCGUUCUAUCAGCACACGAACGCUCCUUCGUCAACGUCUUGGAUUGCAGCACGUUUAACGUGCAACCAGUCCUCUGUGACCAGUUGAAACUGCUGCUAAACUCAACCACGACUGAAAACAACCAAGCGAUUGACUUGGCUCGCUUGCAAACAUUUGUCGACAUGCACUACCACUUGGGCAAGUUGCUCAUCGAGAUCCAGCACACCCCCACGCAAGCGCAGGCGAUCCAAUCCAUUCUCCAAUACGACCACCAUCGACAGCCCCUCGAGACGAACUUAGCCCCCCUUAUCGACAAAACAGUCUCAAGCUCCAAUGUCGAAGUUGGAGGCCACGAGGAGUCCCAGGACGACCUCGUCGCCUCGUCUGCGGCGUUCAUUGGCCAUAUGCUUCACGCUCUGCAUCUCCUGGGCCCGGCGGCCACGAAUUCCAUGCAUUCGAUCCCCCGCUUCCGCAAGCUCCUCAUAGCCAUCCACCACGCCAGGCGACAUGAGAAAGCUGACCCACCAGCCAAACGCAUGGCGCGACUGAUAGAGUGCCUUCAUCUCAUGGUCGUAUGUAGCCUUCCUCCGCAGUGUCGACGCCUUUUCGACUGCUUGGUCGCUGUCCAGCAAGAGGCGAACGCCAAGGCCCCUGCGUUGGAUAGGGUGCUGACAUUCUUGGCAGGCUCCGACGUCAGGGUCCCUUCCCCCACAUCGAAACUUCGGACUCAACGGACCACCAGAGCUUCGGUUCAAAGCCCGAGCCAAGGCCACAUCCAUCGACUCCGACGUAUCCACAGCGUCAUCGCGACUGUCACGUCGUCAACUGAAAGCGCCGACUCUUCCACGACCAACGAGGACGAGACGAGACAAGGCAACGUUCCACACCGACAGUGGAUGGCCCACUGGAAUUCAGUAGAAAUGUACGCCCAGCUGCAGACUCUGGAAGCAUUGGUGUCGGAAUGGGAAGGCAUUUCGCAGCAUAUUCGACUCCACACGUCUUUGUGGCAGACAUAUAUCGUCCAAGCGCUGCAAGCCUCACCUCCCCACUUUGUAGUUCCGCACAGCUGGCCCACUCCCAUGUCAACGUUUGAUCGCAUGCUCCUGUUGCGAUGCAUUUGCCCUGACAUGUUGGCAUUUCACAUGGACUUGUUCAUUGAAGACGUCCUUUCCCCACAUCUCAACGUGUCCAGGACACCACCACACCUGGUACUCAGCCCCAUUGUCGUCGUCGUUGCCGACAACCAAAGCGAUUUGAUGUCGUCUGCCUUGGGCGACACGAUCAACCUCAACUUUCAACAACGAUACAUCUUUGGGGCCACCUCCACGCCCUUGUUCACUGCUGCGCUUGACUCGGUGUUGGCCAAAGGCGGGAGUUUGGUCGUCGACUUGCUGCGUGCGAGUGACUUUGGCGAAUUCUAUCGCAUCUUCCAUUUCCGAUCGACAAAGUCCCACACGAGUGGGUUCAGCCACGUCAUCGUUCUGGUGUGCGCGCCAGACGUGGCGGCGGCAUUGCCGAUCGGAUUUGUGCAAACCACGCAAACCAUCACGUUGCCACUGGACCUUCCAGGCACUGGCCACGACCAGGUGGCGAGUGGUCACAUGCAUGCCCAUUCCGUCGUGGCAGCUUUCGGUCGAAGCUUGCUCGACGUCCAGCACGAGUUGGCUGCGUGGAACGCGUGGCACGCUGUGGGGUGGCGCGACUUUGACUUCCGCCCGAGCCACUUGGACGACAUGAUGGCCACUUUGAAACACUUGGGGGAGUUGAAAGGAGCCUGUGAACCGACGACGGCGUUGGCGUUGACCAAACAAAUUACUGCAGCGAUCCAAGAUGGUGUGUUGGGAGCUGGCAUGGCCCACGACCACGACCGUCACCACCUCAUGACCCGCUUCGUCACGAAAUGGAUCACCAAGUCGUCGGACCAUCGCCGGCAUUCUGGCAUCGCUCCAGCAACCAGCAAGAAACAACAGUACGCCCAAACUGACGAUGCGAUCGAGUAUGGCGUUGCCCCUCGUAUGGCCACGUUCGUGCGCAAUGUACUCGUUCGUGCCGAGUCCACCAGUGUCAUAAAUCUGUGUCGAUCCAUCAGCCCCCCCUCGCCGCCAAAUGACUCUGAUGAGCAUGCGGUGGCAGUGUGUCGUCACAUGUUUCGGUCGUUUCUGCAUACACACCACGUCCACCACCGAAACAACUGUCAACACACCCACGACCAGCACGACGACGCCACCGUGUUAGGGGCCAUGCUUGUGACGGUGGCAGCUCUGAAAUUCCGUCGGUCAGUGACGAAGAUCCAUCACCACCCCCACGUUGGUACCAAAGACACGAGCAUUGCACUUGCGUUAUUGCAGGAUGACCUGGCUCAACGCAACACGCUCUGGUUGCAUUGCUUGGAGCAACUGGACCUCCCAGAGCCUUCCCCAGACGCCCUCCGGCUGUUGCUCUCGUACCACCUCCCCCCCGACUGGAUGGGGCUGCCGACGUCGGCGACGCCCGUGCCCCUUGCCGCCCUGGCGAUCCAUCUGAACCGCACGAGUGACUUUUUCAGGGGACUCAAAGGGAACAUACCAUCAGUCGUCCCCCUCGACUGCCUCCACUGCCCCGACCAGUUCCUCUCCGGCCUCAUGCUGCACAACGCAAAGUGCCUUGGCUGCGACAUCAACCAGUUGCAUCUGGAGUUGGAGGACGGAGGGAGUCCCACUGGUGGCUCCCUUGUCUCAGAUACAGAUGGACAGCUUCGUGCCGUGGUCGUGUCGGGGUUGUGGCUGUUUGACGGACAUGACAACCGCCCGUUGUUCGACAAGCUGCCACCCCUCACCCUCCGCGUGUCCCUCAAAGCUCCGUCUCACCAGCCGGCCUCUGAGCGAGGGGCCGUUCAGCUGCCAUGGUACGCGCUUUGGAGUCUCGAACAUGUCGGCGUGUGGCGGUUUGGCGACUCGCGGGUGUUUCGACCUCUGGGGCCCCGGCUAUGGUACACCUCUAGUGACCCACUGCCCCGCCCUGAGACAGCAGUGCUGCUGUGUCCUGCCAUCGAUGCACUGCCCAGCUCGGUCAGCCUUCUCCUUUCCUCGAUUCAACCCAACGUUCAUGCGUAGUUCACAUGUCCAUCCCGAACGGAUGCAUGGAGUAAGAAAGUUAAGGUUGUUGCGAUAAAAUUAGCUAGUAUUACUUGGUGUACGUCACUCGUAUAUGCGUCGGACAGCGAAAGACACUGUGAGCGCUUGCAAAUUCUGGCAUUGAUUAAAAGCAUCUCAACUACGUCUCGGCAGUCGCGGCCUCGGUCUCUUCCAGCAGCAGCGCGUAUCGUUUCUGUAAUUCGACCUCGCGUAGCUGCAGCAGGUCCACUUCCCGCCCGAGCGACUCCAACCGCCGAGGCAGCGCCAGCUGCUCCACGAGUCGGAUCUGGCUAAACGCGUGCAAUUCCCGCGACUUGUGCAGCCACGCUUGGUGGGUGCUCUCGAGGGACGUGCCGUAGCCAGCGCAUACGUUUUCGUAGCCCCCGUGCAGCAGCCCGGCCUUGUGCUCGAGUUUGUCGGCCUUCUUGGCCAAUUUGGCCUCGACGUCCUUGAGCACGGCGAACUCAUUGGCCAGAACUUGGAUGCGAAGGUCUACUGAGAUGUCGUCCCAGUCCACCAGUUGGCCUGGCGCCAGCUCUUUCGUGUGCUUUUGCGCUGUCUGCCACACUUCAUUCACGUCGAGGACAGCGCCGCCGUACAACUUGGCGUCGAGCGCCACGAGAUUCCGAGCCACGGUCAGCUCGUCGUUAGUAAAUGCAUCGGAUGACGUGGCAGUCUGGCCUCGCUUUCGCUUCUUCUUGACGUCACCCACAUCCGAGACUAGGAGGGCCGCCAAUGCUUUUUGGAUCGCAGGGUCGUCGUUCAAUACAGUAGACGUUGCCAUUGAUGGUUUGGGCAGUUGCUUUUGAAACACGCUGGACCGACGCAGGCGCGCCUUGUCCGCGUCCGCCGCCGCCUCCCUUGCCAUCCGCGCAUCUCGUUCCCCCGCGUCUUCCACCCGCGUCGUGUCGUCGUCGUCGUCGGCCGCCGCCACGUCGGGCAGGUUGAUCUCGUACUCGUGCUCGGCCGCGGGCAACGACGCGAACCCGCCUUGCAGCGCCGCGGCUUUGGCCCGGAGCCGCGCUUUCUCUGCGCGCUUCGACUCGUCCACUCCUUCGCCGCCUUCCGGGUUGAUGCCGAGCAUGUCGCGCAUGGGCGUGCGCAAGGACGAGUUGGGCGUACGUAGGACUGACGACGGGGGACCUGGGGUCCGGCUGGGGGUGAUGCCUCCGUACCCCGUGCCUUGCUGCAACUCGACGUUGUCCCCACCCAACAGCGGGGUCGGCGCGCGGGUCAUGGCGGCGAGGUUGGCCGCUUCUUGCAUGAUGGUUUCCCGCACCGACAUCUGCGGCGUGUACGCGGCGCGUGCCGGCGUGGCACUCGGGCCUCCGGGGGUCGCCAGCGGAUCGUACACGGCCACAAGCGCCGUGGAAGUCUGCGCUGAGUGUUCCAGCGCGAGAAGUUGGGCUUGGGCGGCGUCGGUGGCGCCUUGCUUGGCCAGCAGCCCCAACUCGUCGUUCGUGACCAAGGGCGCGGGCAGGUCCAGCGCCUUGCGCUUGAUGAACGAGCUCGGGUCGUUCAGUUUGUUGAUCGCGGCGAUCUGCUGGGGCAACGCCGACGACAGCAGCUUCUUUUGACGCUUCGCGUCGUCGCGCCGUGCGCGCUUCUCCUCGGCAUCGCGGUGGACUCCGUCCAGUUGAUUCAGGUACAGCGCGGUCUGCUUGGGGUCCAGGGCCACGGCGCUGGUGCGUUCGGCGCUCGUGUCGUAGAAACCCGCGGGAGCUUUCUUUUCAAACGGAAUUUCCUUGACGUAGUCGAUGAACUUGCGCUUCUUCCGGAGAUUGCCCAUCUGCUUGGACUUGUCCGCGGUGAUGCCGGCCGCUUUGAGUUCGCGGCGCUUCUGAAGACUCGCCAGCCGCUUGGCUUCCUGUAGCUGCUUUUCGCGCGCUUUACGCUUCGCCUUCUUGCCCUUGGUGUUGGCCAAACGCGCCCGGGCUUCCGACAGCAUUUCCUUCUCGUCUUCGUCCAUGUCGAUAGGAUCGGGACGCGCAGGUUUGUUCUCUGGAUUUGGGUCGAUCUCGCCUGGACGCAGGCGACGCGGAUCUUCGACGGCGACCUCAUCGCCGUCGGCGCCCUUGGAUUGUGCCUGGUCGAGCAGCUUCUCGUAGUGUUCCAUGCAUUGCGCAGCCGUACGUCCUACGAUUGGAGCGAUCGUUCGCCAUUGUGAUGGCAUCAACUUGGCCAAGUGAAGCAGCUUCUCCUCUUCUUCACGACUCCAUUCCGUCUUCUUGAUACUUGGGUCCAACCACUCGUACCAACGCGCCUUGCACUGCUUGGCCGACUUGCGAGCCAGGAGAGAUGCCACACGAGCCCACUGGUUCUUGCCGUACUUCAUCACGGCUGCCUUGAGGAUCUCAUCCUCUGUGUUCUUCCACACACCACCCUUGAUCAAGAUACGCAUGAUGGAGGGAUGCUUCUUGUUUAUUAUUGGCCGCUCAGC